AUGCGGAGAAGCGGAUUCUUCAGCGUUUCAAUGGCCCUGUUGUGGUCGGCAAGUCUUGCCCUGGCGCAGAAUUCACCGCUCAAGGAUCACGGUGCUCUCUUUGGCAAAGCGUGUUCAACGCAGAACCAGCGAUAUGAUCAAAACACCUUCAAUCUGAUAACAGACUGCGAUGCGCAAACUUACUGCGCUGCGAACAAUACCUGCGCAUACAGGGGGUGCCGCAAAGACAUUUUCCCAUAUGGGUACAACUACGUCCCCUUUGAGCAGCUGCCCCCGCUAUGCCCGCAAGGGUCCUUCUGCCCGGACGAAAGUGACCGCUGUCUCGACGCCAUUGAAAUAGGAAAGACUUGCCAGAAAGACCGAGAUGGUGAGCUGCCUGUUGUCAGACCGCUGCAGUGCCGCGAAAAGCUCACUUCUUCAGACGAAUGCCAACAAGCCCCAAACUAUCGCGAUCUCGCCAACUAUCUGAACGUCAACGGCUCCAUAUGCCUCAAGAACACGUGCUACUUGGCCAAUGUUUCAGUUGGGCAGACUUGCAUUAACGACAAUACCAGGUAUACGGCCUAUAAUGACCAGGGGUCUGAGUACGCCAUCAUCGUAUCGAGAGAUAACUGCGCGACCAGUCUCUACUGCGACGGCACCUCGCUCCAAUGCAUCCGGUCCAAAACACGCGGUACCGAAUGCUCUGGAAACAAAGAGUGCCUGUCGUACAACUGCGAAAAUGGGAUAUGCGGGAAAGCAGCAGACGAGCCCGUCAAGCCGCCUGUGUACUCUUACGUCCUCAUUGGGAUCGGUAUCGUAGGGCUGAUUGUCGGAGUUAUCGUCACCCUCUGGUUCGUACACCGGAGAACAAGAAACGAGAAUCAGCGCAAGCUCGAGCAAUAUUGGAAUGAACAGAUGGCAUACCGACAAAGUAUCAUGUCGAUGUAUCAAGCAAAGUCAGCCCUGCUCGACCCAAAUCACGACCCGAAUGACCAACGACCGCGCAGCAUGUACAACGGCCCACUAGGCGGCCGGCCAGAGGACGGGGGUCUUACCCCUCCCCCUGCGUUGCGGCGGGACAGCUCGGUGACGUGGUCGGAAGAAGGGAGUGAGGUAUUGCUCGUUCCCGGUAGUGGUGGCACACCAGGUCCUGGCGAGAGGAGGUGCGUCCACCUCGCCGUACCUAACGCGUAUGCGCAUGUCGCGGGGCGGCAACCUGCCUCAACCCUCAACGCCCCAGCAUCUUCUCUUUCCUCACCCAGCAGCAUACAGGGAAUCGCCCACCCACAAGUACACGCUGACUUCACUGGCAACAAGGCCGUGGUGGACGCUCAGAUCACUGCCUGCACCGCGAGCUAA